AUGGAAACCCUAAGCGAACGAGCGGCAUUGAUGAGAGAAUCAAUGCAGAAAAGCCAGUCUGUUACCGAUAAUAUGGUCACCAUUCUCGGCUCCUUCGACCACCGCCUCUCCGCCCUCGAGACCGCCAUGCGACCCACCCAGCUGAGAACACAUUCGAUAAGGAGAGCGCACGAGAACAUUGACAAAACACUCAAGGUGGCUGAGGCUAUUCUGGGACAAUUUGAUCUCAAACGCCAGGCCGAGGCUAAAAUACUGAGGGGGCCACACGAAGAUUUGGAGAGUUACCUAGAAGCAGUUGAUCAGCUAAGGAGUAUUGUUCGUUUUUUCAGUGGCAAUAAAAGCCUUAAAAGUAGUAUUGGUGUGAUUAACCAGGCCAAUAACUUACUUGGAAAGGCAAUCUUCAAACUAGAAGAAGAGUUUCGGCAGCUUCUUACCUCGUACAGCAAACCUGUGGAACCAGAUCGUCUUUUCGAUUGCCUACCCAAUUCUCUGCGACCAUCAGUAUCAUCAUCCGGUGAUGGUCAUGGAACUAAACCACAUUCAGAGCACCAAACUAAAAGUUUGGAGACUGUUGUUUAUCAUCCUCCGGCUCUAAUUCCUGCUAGAAUUCUGCCUUUGUUACAUGACUUGGCUCAACAAAUGGUUGAAGCAGGCCAACAACAGCAACUCUUUAAUAUAUAUAGGGAAACUCGGUCUUCGGCGGUGGAGCACACUCUCAGGAAACUAGGUGUGGAAAGACUUAGUAAAGAUGAUGUACAAAAGAUGCAGUGGGAAGUUCUGGAGGCAAAGAUUGGAGACUGGAUUCAUUUUAUGCGGAUUUUGGUGAAACUUCUAUUUGUUGCUGAAAAGAGUGUGUGCAAUCAGAUUUUUGAUCAUGAGAGUCUUAGGGAUCAGUGUUUUGCAGAAGUUAUGGCAAAUAGUGUAGCCAUGCUACUUAGUUUUGGAGAAGCUAUUGCCAAGAGCAGGAGAUCACCUGAAAAGCUAUUUGUCCUCUUAGACAUGUACGAGAUAAUGAGAGAACUUCAGCCAGAUAUUGAUAUCAUAUUUGGAAGUAAAUAUUGUGGUGAAAUACGGGAAGCUGCUAAGGUGUUGACAAAACGUCUAGCUCAGACUGCCCAGGAGACAUUUGGUGAUUUUGAAGAAGCAGUUGAGAAAGAUGCCACCAAAACUGCUGUUCUCGAUGGAACAGUCCAUCCUUUGACCAGCUAUGUGAUCAACUAUGUGAAGUUUGUCUUUGACUAUCAAUCGACUCUAAAGCAACUUUUCAAAGAGUUCAACGAUGGUGAUGAAGACGAACAGCUAGCAUCUAUAACAACACGGAUAAUGCAGGCUCUCCAAAAUAACCUAGAUGGGAAAUCUAAGCAAUACAAAGAUCCUGCAUUAACUCAAUUAUUUCUCAUGAACAAUAUACACUAUAUUGUUAGAUCUGUGCGCAAGUCAGAGGCAAAGGAUCUGUUAGGGAAUGACUGGGUGCAAAUACACAGAAGAGUUGUCCAGCAGCAUGCAAAUCAAUAUAAGAGGAUAUCAUGGUCUAAGAUUUUGCAGUGUCUCUCCAUUCAGGGACUUCAAGGUGGUAGUGGUUCAUUUGGAGAUGGUGGUAGCACUGCUAAUGUUUCCCGGGCAAUGAUUAAAGACAGGUAUAAAACCUUCAAUAUACAGUUUGAGGAGCUUCAUCAAAGACAGUCUCAAUGGACCGUUCCUGAUACCGAGUUACGCGAGUCAUUGAGGCUGGCAGUUGCAGAGGUCCUAUUGCCUGCUUAUAGGUCUUUCGUAAAACGUUAUGGGCCUUUAAUUCAGGGUGGAAAAAAUCCACAGAAGUACAUCAGAUACAGUCCUGAAGAUCUUGAAAGAAUGUUGGCUGAGUUUUUUGAAGGGAAGACAUCAAUUGAUCCAAGGCGGUAG